AGUGGAGGGAGAGGGCGGACGGGCAAGGUGCAGAGUGAGGGAGCGGCGCCGGGACCUGCUGGGUUGAGCGGUGAUGGCGUGCACAAUCGAGAAGGUGCUAGCUGAUGCAAAGUCCCUGGUGGAGCGACUGAAGGAUCAUCAUAAUGCAGCAGAGUCCCUCAUCGACCAGACCACCACCCUCAACAAGCGGGUGGAGAACAUGAAGGAAGUCGGGACUGGAAUCUCGGAUCGGAACCAGGAAGAUUUUGAAAAGUUGAAGAAGAUGGCCAGUUACAAACCGUACCCACUCCUUACUCAGGAGAACACACAGAUACGGGAUCUGAAGCAGGAAAAUAAAGAGCUGUGGCUCUCCCUGGAAGAGCACCGCUACGCUUUGGAACUCAUUAUGAGUAAAUACAGGAAGCAGAUGCUACACCUUCUUGCCGCUAAGAAACUGGAUAGUACACCAGUUACCAACUUGCACCAGGAGCAUUCCCAGGAGUUGCAAACUCACAUUGAACAGAUCUGUGACAUGGCCACAGUCAUGAGGAAAGCAGUACAAAUCGACGAUCCAGAAUAUUGCCAAAUUCAAGAGAAGAUAGCCCAGAUGGAGCUUGAAAAUAAAGAAUUACGGGAGCUUGUGUCAUUCAGCAAGGAAAUAAUUCUUAAGGAGAAUGUUGUUCAACUUCACUGUGAAAAGUAAUCUACAGGCUGUGCUGGAUGGACCCUGAAUCAGGUAGCUGCACUGACAGAACCAUUUGAAUGAUGUCUCCAACUGGUAACCUACUCUGUUACCACCAGUGCUGCUAAGACUGGAAUGGAGCUGGACAUUUCAACCAGAAGCUACUUUUUAAUUUUAGUGAGAUUUCUUGGUAGAAUACUUCCACUUGCUUUGGAGAAGCUUUGAAUUUGUAGGUUGCCUUUUUCCCUUUACAGCUCUUCCAAUAUUGACAAUAGUUUUUUGCAAUAGCUGUCCAUUCCACACAUCGUCUUGUGUGGAAGAAAACAGCAAGAACUCAGCCACUGGAUUUCUUCAAACUCUGGAUUUGUUCCGUCAACUACCAACAAGACAAGGACCACGAGCUUGGCAAAUCUACCUCUGCCUGCUUUUAAUUUCCAAAUGGUUCUCCAAAGAGAAAGAUUAUCUGCAACUUUAAUGCAUUGUAAUGGGAAAGAAAAGGUUAAAAAAGUGGGUCAUCUACUCUGACUUUAAUGCUUGUAACUUGAGUUUGAUUAAAAAUAUUGAUGAAGAGCAGUAUUGAUAGCUAGUUGGAAUUUUCUGAUGCAGUCACAUUGGCUUUACUCUCAUUGUGUCACCUAAAAUCAAUCAAAGUCCCUCUAUCCUUUGCCUCAAAAGGGAGAGGAUCUUGUCUCUUGUCCCAUUUUCUUAAUUUUAGAGUUGCAGCCUUAUAGCGCCAGAGACCCGGGUUCUAUCCUGACUAUGGGUGCUGCCUGUUCGGAGUUUGUACGUUCUCCCUGUGACCGUGUGGGUUUUCUCUGGCUGCUCCUGUUACCUCCCACACUCCAAAAAAAAAUACAGGUGUGUAGGUUAAUUGGCUUCAGUAAAAUUGUCCCUAGUGUGUAGGAUAGUGCUAGUGGAUGGGGAUUGCUGGACGGCACGGACUCAGUGGGCCGAAGGGCCUGUGUCCCCGCUGCAUCUCUAAAGUAAAAUCUAAACUGGAUAGAACAGUAGGGAAUGAUCAAGAUCAAGCUGCCUGUGAUGGCUCAAACCAUGAAAUAGCUGCUUGAUUCUAUCUAUUGCAAUUUUACACAAGACACACAUCCUCCUACAUCAGGCACUGAAAUACUGGCGCUGCUCAAUGUGAGUCACCACCGUCAGAAGAUUUGGGGGGGCAAGUAGAUAGAAAACCAGUAGAACACAAAAAGUCAACAGACUUGUGCUCAUCUUCUCUGAGCUGAACUGGUUAUAGUACAGGUGUGAUUGGGUUAUGUGAACACUUCUGCUGGAUCCCACUCUUGGAAAAUUGCUUGGAGCUAAACAGAAAGUGGACUUUCCCCAUUAAUGAUUCGGCAACACAUGAGACUAUUCAGUUGCUUCACUUCCUUUCGUUGUUUCUCGCGGAGAACUAUGACUAAAAGCUUACUUUCACUGAGCUCUGGAUAUUUUGUAUUAUCCAUUUAAUCCUGCUGUGAUGCAAAAUGGUGAGAGAAUGUGGUACACAUUGGAUUGAAAGGUGGAGACAUGGGGGGAAGCUUUGCUUGCUCUUUGCAUUUCUCUAGAAGCAGCUUGAAGCCUGGUCUUUGUGUAAUGGGGAAAUCUGCCGAGCAUCUAAUUUAGAAGCCUCUGAAACUAAAGUUGGAAUCUUACAAUUUGCUUGGCUAAGACCGACUGUUUGUAAAUGCCCAAAUAAAUUUCUGUAUGUAUUUUUUAACCAA